AUGUACAUCAUUGUAUGGUACGGUACCGAACACAAAAUCAAACGUUCGUUCACCAUCUGGACAGGGAAAACAUUUCGAAAGAUGUCUUUGGUAGAAGGCAACGUUCUUUUAGCAUUAAUUUGCGCUGCUGUUGCUAUCAUCGCUGCUACAUUUCUACUUUUUAUAAAGAAAGUAAAAUCAGAUGGGGGUGAAGCUAGGCGGCCACGCCCAGUACCUGUCCCUCAUGGAGAUGGACCCCCUGUCAGGGCGGGGAGAAGAAGAGGAAACAUUAGAGAUCGGAUGCAGCAAGCAAGAAGGGAAGAAGAGGAAAGUGAUGAAAACAUUGAGGAAUGGAUGAGAGAUGAUGAGGAUGAUGAUGGAGAAUUGAGAGAUUCUUCAGGGAAGAGGAUAGGUGCCAAGAAAGCCAAAAAACUUGAGAUGAAAGCUGAAAGACAGAGGGAGAGAGAAUUGAUGCUACAAGAACGAGAAGAAGAAAAGGAACGCAGAGAAGCACGGGAAGAGCAAAGGAGGAAAGCAGCAGAGAAGGAGAAAGAAGAAGAAGAAAAGCGGGAAGAAGAAGAGAGACUAAAGAAAGAGGAACAGGAGAGGAGAGAGCAUGAAGAAUAUUUAAAACUCAAAGAAAGUUUUGUAGUAGAGGAAGAAGGCCAGACCCAAGUCCUAUCGGAAAAUGAAUCCCAGUCUUUGCUGUCUGAGUUUAUAAACUACAUCAAAGACAUGAAGGUGGUUUUGUUAGAAGAUCUAGGAGCUCAAUUCAACAUCAGAACUCAGGAGGCAAUCAACAGAGUGCAGGAGCUCCAAGCUGAGGGUCGUCUUACAGGAGUCAUCGAUGACAGGGGAAAGUUUAUUUACAUCUCUGAAGAGGAACUUGAAGCAGUCGCUAAGUUCAUCCGGCAGAGGGGUAGAGUUUCCAUAGCAGAAUUGGCUGAAGCUAGCAAUCAGUUAAUAUCACUAAAUCCGGAAAAUAAAGAGGUUUAUCAAAGCAAGCUCCUUAGUCAAGCUGUUUAAAAUAAUAAUGAUAGUAUUUUUCUUGCCUUUUUAUCAAUCUGAUAUUGGUUGCUUUCAAGUUUAUCUUCCAUUUUUUGAAUUUCAAAUCUACUGACUACUUUAUUAGUGUUAAUGUUUUCUUCAGAGCGUAGAUCUAUGGAGGUACAGAAUUUAACUCUCACAUCGUGUAAAGUUAAAGUGGGUUUGGAUGAAAGUAUUUCUGUUCAAAUUAUGGGCAAGAUGCUAUUAUUCAAGUAAUUCUUCACUGAUUGAUCAGCCAAGGGUGAAUGGUAUUUUUUUUACCAGGGCCUCUUACUAACAAAGUUUAAAUACAGAAGGGAAAGCCCAAAAUAUCAAAAUAUUCAAUCAUUUUAGUGCUUACUGAUUUACCUGUGUAUGUUUUUUUUUCUUUUCCUAUAAUUUUCUUCUUUAUUUCAUGUACUUACCAGUAUUUUUCCUGGUCACUGGGGAUACUGAGUUAUUCUGAUCUUGAGUUCUAACAUAUUCUCUGAAAAAAAAGUUUCACCAAAGGCUUGCGGGCUGAACAACUUCAAUUUUGUUUAAGCUUUGCCAUCACACUGAAUUAAGUUGGUCAUGGUCUAACAUUUUGUAUUCAUAACCAUAGUGUUGCAGCUAAUUAUUUCAUUCUGGUUAUUAAUUGAUCAGAUGAAAGGUGCAGAUAUAACUUUGAAAAUCAAGUGCAACCCAAACAUGUGUGCUCCUUAUUGGAUGAAAAUCAAAUUUUUCCAACACCAGGGGGGCGUUUCAUCAACAUUUUUGUCUGACAAGUUGUCAGAUCUGACAUC